CUUUCCCCAGAUGGUGACGAUGCUGAUCCUGAUCCUGUUGCCCAUGGCCUUUCUCUUGCCCCCUGGGGCUGGGGCUGGGGAGAUCAUCGGGGGACAGGAAGCCAAGCCCCACUCCAGACCCUACAUGGCCUAUCUGAAAAUACAACGCGGAAACAAGAGGUCUCGCUGCGGAGGGUUCCUGGUGGCGGAGAACUUCGUGCUGACGGCUGCUCACUGCAAUGGAGAUGAGAUCACUGUCACGCUGGGAGCCCAUCGCAUUAGUGAACAGGAACGGAGACAACAGAAAAUACCUGUGAGGCGGCAGAUCUGGCACCCGCGGUACAACAGAGAGAGCAUUAGCAAUGACAUCAUGCUGCUGCAGCUGCAUCACAAGGCGCGUCUGACCAAGGAGGUGGGAUUGAUUGAUUUGACUUCUGCUCAUCGCAGAGUGAGCCCAGGGACCAUGUGCAGCGUGGCUGGCUGGGGGAAGACCAGCUUGACCGAUACAACCAACAUCCUUCAGGAAGUGAACCUGUCAGUGAUAAGCGAUAAGACCUGUUACAACCGGUACCGUUACUAUUACCCCUCCAGCAUGCUGUGUGCAGGGGACCCUGACGACCAGAAGUCAAUUUAUUCUGGCGAUUCUGGAGGCCCUCUCGUGUGCUGUGGAGUGGCCGAGGGCAUCGUCUCCAAGGGCAUCAAGAACAGCACCGCCCCUCCUGCUGUGUACACGCGGAUUUCCCACUUCAUGCCCUGGAUCACUGACACCAUGAGAGGAAUCUAGCAACACAGAGCCCAUGGCCAGCCACAGCCUUCUGCUACGCAACCUGCUCCUGGAAACAUGUGAUCAGACUUCCCCGUUAGUCUGGGCCCAGCUACUCAUUGAUUUAUGGUCAACAUAGUCCUUGUGGCCAGAUCAGAGAUGGUGCCCUGUAAUGGGGAAAGGCCCGGGUCCCAUUCCCCACCCCUUUGAGCCAGCCAGUCCUCCACCCUGGGGCCGGACUGGAGCUGCCACCCCCUAGAGAGACCACAUACCACGUUCCUUUCAGCUUGUAUCCUGGAUAGUCUCUUUAAAGCACUGAGGAAAAUAUGCAACGUUCCCUGCUCUGUGGGUCACAGAUACAGCUUGUGAUGCACUAAAUGGCUUUUUGCAGCAGCUGCUGUUGGUGUCUGGACUCCUGAGUGUUUUGCUGAUUGUGAGAGGUGGGCUGCCCGACCCCCUCACACAGCCCAGUGUCCCUCUGAGUGGUGGUUUGGGUGUGGGGGUUGUGGGGUGUGAAACUACAGUUAAAGGGGACUUGUGGGGAGAAGGGAGAAAGGCCCCAAUUCAGCCAGGCACUGAGCACAUUCCGACAUUGCAGCCCAUGAGUAGCCCCUUUGCAUCCAAUCAGAAUAUGCAAGUGCUUAAAGUCAGACACCUGAUUAUGCACCUUGCUAAAUCAGAAGACAAAUAAGAUAGAUAGAUAGAUAGAUAGAUAGAUAGAUAGAUAGAUAGAUAGAUAGAUAGAUAGAUAGGCUGAGCCCUAAGUUGCUACAGUCCACACACAAACCCCUGGAGGUGCUUUGGACCAGGGCUAGGUGUCCUGACUGGUGGUGUCAGCUAGAA